AUCGCAUGGCUUGGGAAAUGAAAGUUUAAAGAUCGGAGCGGAGAGCUGGGAUUUGGAUGCUGUGAUUCAGGGAAACUUGUUGAGAAUGAUCUGGAUCCGGAAAUUAUAAACAAAUCACAGGAAGAGAAAGAACUAAGAAGUACCAAUCAAGGCCAUGGGGUCGGCGAACUUACGAUCGUUUCUUCUCGUCCUCUUCUUCUGCCCUCCGGUCGCUCCAUCCUCAGAAGCUCUCCUCGCUUUGGGGCACCAAACGGAUUUUGGAAGCGGCGAAACUCGUCAUGUAAACGGCAGAGUCCUAUUAAGUUUCAAGGAAAAGCCGGUUGGAAGUAAGGUUACUUUUGAAUGCUCUCCUUCUGGUCUCUGCGUCCCUUGCCUAUACUCUGAGAAGGGUGACAACAAAUAUCGCUGUACUGAGACUGGCUACCGCAUCCCGUUCAAAUGUGUAGAAAGUAAAAUUUCUAUGAAAGAUUCAAAGAGGACACAUUCUCAGAAUGCUCGAUUGUCUUUGGAAGUCUCUGACAAUACGGACAAAUUGAACAAAGCAUUACAUCAUGCCAGAGGGUUUACUACUACAGUGAAACAUAGAAGCUUACCAGAUGAAUCAUUCACUUCAGAUAAUAGAUCACAAGCCUACAUUACUUAUCGAAGCUGUAUACUCCCAGCUACUGAAGAGAAGUUGUCAGUGCUUAGGUUUGAGGGGAUCGUGAUAUUUUUAUUUCUUGUUAGUGGAUCAGUCAUAUUGCUGAGAAAAAAGGCGGCGGCUUCGGUAUCAGGCGAAAAUUUCAAGCUUUUACUAUCUGUCUGUCAGCUUCUGGUAGUGAUAUAAAAAUUCAGAACUGCAUCUAUUAGCGGAAACCAGAGGUGAAAACGGAUGCUGCACGCUUUAUAGCAUAGUAGGACUUGCGACAUUGACUUGUGACCAAAAAGCAUGUCCUUUUGUAGAGAUUCAAUAUUCACAAUAGUUUUGGUAAGGUUCAACUAUGGUGGGCUGGAUCAGUAUUGGACUUGAGGUAGAGUUCCUUACUUGUUUGUUACGAGGUUUUCUCAUGGACAUGGAAAUAUAUAAAAACUUGAUAUGGUGGGCUGGAUCAGUUUUGGACUUGAGGUAAAGUUCCUUGGUUGUUUGUUGCGAGGUUUCUCAUAGACAUGGAAAUGUAUAAAAACUGAUAACAAGCACUCAAACAUUGGAAUAAUAUUUAAUUCACCAAAAAAUUCAUAUCCCCCCA